UUCUUGCCUCGCCCACUAUCCAGUCCAGUUAGCCGUUGGUGUUUCACUCUCCUGGAGCGUUUGGAGCUGUUCGCAUCAGUCCUCUGCGUCUGUCCAGGACUCCGAGAGUGUCACCAGGUCGUCCGACUUCUCAUCGAAUAGGAAAACCCCAACGAACCAACCAUGGAGGCCAUCAAGAAGAAAAUGCAGAUGCUGAAACUGGAUAAAGAAAAUGCUAUAGACCGGGCUGAGCAGGCAGAAAUAGACAAGAAGGGAGCGGAGGACAAAUGCAAACAGCUGGAAGAGGAGCUGCAGGGUCUGCAGAAGAAACUGAAGGGAGUGGAGGACGAGUUGGACAAAUACUCAGAAUCACUAAAAGAUGCCCAAGAAAAGCUCGAACAGGCCGAGAAGAAGGCCGCAGACGCAGAGGCUGAGGUGGCCUCCCUGAACAGACGUAUCCAGCUGGUUGAGGAAGAGUUGGACAGGGCCCAGGAGAGGCUGGCCACCGCUCUGCAGAAACUGGAGGAAGCAGAGAAAGCUGCAGAUGAGAGCGAGAGAGGAAUGAAGGUCAUAGAGAACAGAGCAACGAAAGAUGAGGAGAAGAUGGAGCUCCAGGAGAUGCAGCUGAAGGAGGCCAAACACAUUGCUGAAGAGGCUGACCGCAAAUAUGAGGAGGUGGCUCGUAAGCUGGUCAUUCUUGAAGGUGACCUAGAGCGUUCGGAGGAGCGUGCCGAAGUAGCAGAGGCCAAAUCUGGUGACCUUGAGGAAGAGUUGAAAAAUGUCACCAACAACUUGAAGUCUUUGGAGGCCCAGGCAGAGAAGUACUCUACAAAAGAAGACAAAUAUGAAGAGGAAAUCAAAGUUCUCACUGAAAAACUAAAAGAGGCUGAGACUCGUGCUGAGUUUGCAGAGAGGUCUGUGGCUAAACUUGAGAAGACCAUUGAUGAUUUGGAAGAGAAACUAGCCCAGGCAAAAGAGGAAAACCUAGGCAUGCACCAAGUACUGGACCAGACUCUAAUGGAGCUGAACAAUUUAUAAGGCACAAGCUCUGCAUCGCACACAAGAGUCUUACACAGCAUAGAGCUUUCCAACUGGGAGCAACACUCCUCAUCACAGAACAUGUGCACACAUCCCUCCAAGGGGAGAGGUCUUAAUAGCUUAAGUUUGAUAAGUUACAGUGUCCUGAAAAUUCACUUAUUAUAUACAUGUAGAUGCCCCAUUUAAGACAAGGUUUUACUGUUAGUCAUAUACAAUAGUAUAUCCAUCAGCAUCAGUAGACUCAAAGAUGUUUGGACAGCAAAUAAGUUCACUAUAUUAGUCUCACAGAUCUAUGACCAAAAUUACUUAUUCAUGUAUUUACUAAAAAGCAUUUGUCAUAUCUGGGAAGCCAUUUGUCUUUUCAGUGCUUUAAUUGUUUCACAGUUUUGUCCCCAGAGCUUUUAACUAUUACAAUGUUUUACUUGCAAAAAAAACCCAAUUCAAAACAGUGGGAUGCCUCUCUUCUGAAAGUUAUUAUCUGAGUUUUUUUUAAUAUGGACUGAUUUCACAUGCGUAAACCAAGUAUGAAAUCAUGGGUAACUGUAACAUUUCUGGAAAAAAUCUGAUUCUUGAACUCCAAAGUCUUUUGAGACUGUUUUUAACAUUCAAAAAAGAUAACCUCAAGUAACUCGGUGUAAUUAGAGCCUCUUCUAAAUUACCAAGUUUGGUGGUAUUUUAAAUAGAUCUUAGACCUGUCUGUAGUUCAUAAUUCUGCCUGAUCUGCCUCUAGUUAGUAUAAACUUCCAUUAGUACUACAUUUAGUAUUGUUAGCACUAACACAAACAUUUGGAGAACAAGAAUGCUUAUUUUGGUACACAUAAUUUCCUAAUUUAUUCUAGUUGACCAUAUACCAAUUAAUAAGAGAUAAUUGGAAGUGUUGAAACACUGUUUACAAAUAUGAGAUUGGUCCAUUGAUUUAUUCUCCAAAAAUGGUUGCAAUGGCCAAAGCAUCAAUGUUUAUUAAAUUCAUCAUCCUUUAUUUUACAACUCAGCUGAGGUGUGUGUUUGUGUGUAUGUAUAUGUAUGUAUGUAUGUGUG